UUUGUUUGCUGUGGGCUUCCCCAGCAGGACGAAAACCCAGAACUCCACGGAGUUUCUGUGAUGGUUCUCUGGAUAUGGUCUAUAAGAGGAAAUCAAAAGACAGCAAGGGUGAGCAUUUCUGUUUGUUUAUUUGUGCAAGAGAUUUUUUUUUUCUGGUGCCACAACUUCUAAGUCUGACUCUAACAGUCUCAACUACUUACCUGUGGGAGUUCCUAUUGGACCUUCUGCAGGACAAGGAAACCUGUCCAAAGUACAUUAAGUGGACUCAGAAAGAGAAGGGCAUAUUCAAGCUUGUGGAUUCCAAAGCGGUGUCUAAAUUAUGGGGCAGACAUAAGAAUAAACCUGACAUGAACUAUGAGACAAUGGGGAGAGCACUCAGGUAUUACUAUCAGCGGGGCAUUUUAUCAAAAGUGGAAGGCCAAAGGCUUGUGUAUCAGUUUAAGGAGAUGCCCAAAGACAUUGUUUUCAUAGAUGAUGACAAUAUGGACGACAGCAUUGACGAAGGAAAAAGCGAAAGCCCAGCUGCAUCCAAUCGCAGCAAUUCAAAAGGCAAAGGGACUCCAGUCUCUCCCUCUACUGCUGUACCUAAAAUCAUCAAUCUAACCUCAGGACAAGAUG